AGUUGCAAGAAGAGAGUCAAUGUGAACAGAUCACAGUAACGAGAGCGAGAGUGGAGAGAUCGUGAGGCCUCCCUCGUCCAGUUCAGUAGGAAAAGAUUGGAAAAGAGUCAGUGAGUGUCUAGGAGAUCUAGUGAAAACCGUGAAUUUGGAAAUAUUUUAGAAAGUUUGCUUGUUGUUGGUCUGGUAAACGAUUUUUUAAAUGCAUCUCGAGGAGUCACGUCUAAGAAAAAGUCUUAACUCCAUAAGUGUAGUUUUUAACAUCUCAACAUUAGAGGCGAAAAACAGUAAUUCUAGAAGUUCUGAUUGUGUUAAAAUUGAAUGUGAUUGACGAAGAGGAGAUAAAAUAGUAAUAUCUACGUAAUUUGAUGUUCAAAUUAAAACAAAAUUGGAAAAUCCAGUCAGAGCGAGUGCGAUAGCCCGAAGCGCAAAAGGAAAACGCCAUUCUGAUCUUGUCGUUUCAGUGCAUGUUUCUUUGCUCGCAUUUUUUGAAAGAGCGCGACAACGGCCCCCUCACAAAUACACACGCACUUGCUACGAGUUUUGAAAGUGUUUCCUACAGAUUUUGCAUCACGUAAAUUUGUGCUGUGGAAACAGUGGACAAACCUGCGGAGAAGAACGCUUAGUGUAACCUAUACUGUUGACGCACACAAGUCACGAUCCCGCGCGGAUUUGCACACAUGUACAUAUAUAGAUGUGAGCAGUGUGUUGGCGAGAACAAAGAAACAGACCUUUAGCGUCAAUAUAACAGGGAAGACGAUUGUGUUCUUGGAUAGCUGCAGUGCUCAAGGGAGGUAUUUACCGAUUCCAUACAAUUUCUGUGAUAGGGUUUCCUGCACCAGUGCAAAGGAAGCCUCUGUGGAAAGUAUUUGUGAAAAGUUGAAUAUCCAUCCCUGAAGUUGAAAGUGAAAGGUACCAGAAGAGACACUGUGACGAGAGAUCUACUGGUGUUUGCUUGGAGCGAAAGAAAAAUAAAUACGUGAAACACUUCAAGGCGAACAACGAAGUUGAAGUGUUAAUCAGUGAAGCCAAGUGGAACGAAAACCACGUAUAAAUUCGUGUAUCUGCACUCGGUUAUGUUGUGUAUCCUGCAUUUUCUUUUAGUAUCGAGAUAUUUUUAUAAUAAAACAAUAUCAAAACGAGAAAAAUUGCACUAAAAGGAAACAGUUAUCAUCAACUGAAGCAGUAUAAUUGAAGAAUACAAAGUAAAUAUAGUUUAUAUUUAACAAAUUAAUGAUAAAGUGUGAUAAUAGUUUUAAACAAGGAUUCGUACCCGUAAACAUUUGACUGAUACGUCAGAGUGAGUGUUCAGAGCUGAGGAAAAACGGGAGAAAAGUGAAAGUCCAAGAUGACGAACUCGCACAACCGGAAUGGCAGAAACGGCAGUUAUGCUGAACGGUACUUCAACAAUCACAGUCCACAGCAGCUGAGUGGUGGUGGUGGUGGUAGCGGUGGUAAGCGAAACAAUUCUGCUAACAGUACCGGAGGCAAUGGAGGUCGGGGACAAAAGUCACCGAGCUCGACCUACUUCAGGAGUAUUUCAACAUCGAAUGCUAUACCGAUAGUGCAACAGUCCACGUCGCCAGUCAGCAGUAAAGGUGGAAGCUACUACAGCUCCAGCUCGCCAAGUGGACGGCAUCAUAGCUUUAAUGGUCAACGAUCAAGUCCAGGUGGUGGUGGUGGUGGUGGUGGUGUUGGUGGCACAAAUUUCAACAAUUCGACCGGAUCGUAUCCCGGUACGCUUUCUGGUUCGCCACCAAAUUUUUCCCAUUUUGCUGGUAGCAAGUGCUACGACGCACCAGCACCCACCGCUUUACCAAAACCACCAGUUCACUGGACGUCUUCGUCGUCUACUUCAUCCAAUAUCACGAUAUCAUCAGCUUUAAACACUUCGAAAUCAUCCAUCAACAAGCCAACCUCAGCAUCCGUCGUCAAUGCUAGAAAUGCCUACAACAGUAAGGCUCCGUCGGCAGUUUCCUCAAAUGCAAUGUCAUCGUCUAGGCUCAAGGUAAAAUCUGCUGUGAAACCAGCAAUGUCCUGUGCUGCGGCUGCGGCCAAAGCCAAUCGUAGGGUUGAUUUCACGCACAACCUCAAAAUGGUACUCAAUGUGCAAGCUUAAACGGAACGUGCAUUCAAUCUGCCGAACCAUUGCGUUUUGUGCUGCCAAGAUCACAUCAUCCGAUCCCAUCAAAUAUGCGUCGUCGUACCAAAAUUCACCACAUAAAAAGCUACAAUGACUAUUGCGUUGUAUAUGAAGGAUAGAUCUUUCUCAAUCAAUCAAUCAGUCUCCAUCAGAGUCAGCAUAUAUUUUUGCUCUUUCAAAUCAUACCACCUAUUAGAAGAAAAUCAAACUUGUAUACCAAUCGCAAAAAAAAAACAAACUUCAUACAGACCAACGAUCGCAAGCAG